UUCACUUCACGGGAUGGACUUUGUACCUUGCUGCAACUCUCUCCAAAAGCACAAAAAAAUGGCUUCACAAAGAGCCGCUGUGUUUCCACCACCGCUAAUCUCAUUCGUGAUCAUAUUCAUUAUCUUAGAAUCAACGACGACGGCUGAUGCUAGAGAAUUACGACCGGCGGAUCACGGACUAGAGUACUACUACGAGCCAAGCGAAUCAUCAUCGGAAAUGACGUCCUUCUUCGGACCCCCUUCUUGGAACGAGCUGAAUUCGACACCGUCGCCGUCUGGCUCGAUAUUGCCUAGUGCGGUGAAAUCUCCAGUAGUGACGUCGGCACCAAAAGACCGGGGGGAUGAUGGUCACGUGAUGAAUCACGUGCUGGUUGUGGGGAGCUUCGUGUGUGGAGUCACCGGCGUGGCUUUGAUGGUCGCUUCGGCUCUCAUUUAUUUUCGUCCAAAAUUACAAGAUUCGUCUGUUACUUGUGAUCAGAUUCAUAAUGAUACCAAGUAGACGAUUUCAUUUUUUUGUUGUUGUUGUUGUCUAUAGUUUUCUGAAAUUGAUUCUAAAAAAUAAAGUGAUUCUCAAAAAUAAA